AUACCCCCACCAAAACAAAACUAGCAUAAAUCGAGCGGGCAAGGUUUAAAAAGUAGCCUACAUAGUCUUUUUAACAUUAAUGUUUAUUUUUUAUGUUUUACUUGGGGUUAAGUUAGCAAAUAAUGUUUAAAAAACAGUUGAACUGUAUUUUCACCUGCUGCCAAAAAUCAAUAGUGUGUUACAUAAUUUUUCUUGUCAGCUAACUGUACUAGGAAGAGUUUGACAAAUAGAGUUUGGUUUGCUUGAGGGGGACCUCAACAGAUUGUGUCCUGAAAACAUGAUCCUAUUCAUAUUCCAUUAAAACACUCGACCCCCCUGGAAGACAUUAUAUAUUAUGCACACAGGAUGGAUGCAGUCGCCGCGUUGACUUGCUGCAGUUUCCGCCCGUUGCUCUGUUCUGUCCAGGGAUGCGGAGCCAUGUGCGCCAAUGUGGACCACACUUUGGAGGAGAGCAGCGCUUGUUUUUGUUCCUCGUCCGUCGUAGAUUUACAAUGGGAAGUGUCUUUCAGAGUGUUACUUCAGUGAAGUCAAGUCUUUAUUUUGAAGAGUGGCCAUCAUCACUACAGGUCAGACUUUCGGGCUCUGCUUUACCGGAUUGAGGUGAAAUCUGCUGAUUGAGAAUUUUUUUAAUACUAUUUCAUAGAUGAAAACGAGAAGCAACAGAAACAUGAGAGAAAAAGAGCUAGUAAAUACAUCCCGAACAGAGCCGGGGAGAGCAAAACCAGCUGAAACUGGACAGAAAAGAAAACAAGAGGCUGAAAGGAGCGAGGGGAUGAAGGAGAGGAUGAAGAGAGGAAGACUAGAGAUGGGUGAAAAAAACCCAUGUUUAGCAACAGCGCCGGAUGGCGGAUGGGGCUGGAUGAUCGUAGCCGGAUGUUUCCUCACCACUGUUUGCACACGUGCGGUCACUAGGUGUGUUUCCAUCUUUUUUGUGGAAUUCCAGUUAUAUUUUUCCAGAGAUUAUUCUGCAACUGCGUGGAUACACUCUCUGCUGGACUGUACCACAAUGUUGUGUGCACCAUUGGGUAGUUAUAUCGGGAACCGUCUCUCUUCACGUAUAGCUAUCAUGAUUGGUGGGCUUCUCUCCUCUACUGGCCUUCUGCUCAGCUCACUGGCCACCAGCGUGGAGUUCCUGUAUCUCACACUGGGUGUUCUUACAGGUGUGGGAUUUGCUCUCAGUUACACUCCUGCAAUCGCCAUGGUGGGCUCCUACUUCCGCCAGAGGAAAGCGUUGGCUUACGGGAUCGCCAUGUCUGGCAGCGGCAUUGGGACCUUCAUUCUAGCACCGGCUGUGCAACUUCUCAUCGAGUUCUUCUCCUGGAGGGGCGCACUGCUCAUUUUGGCGGGUCUGGUGUCCCAUUUGUGUGUCUGUGGGGCCCUUAUGAGGCCACUGCAGAGCCAAAGAGGCAGGCAGAACAAGAUGGACUUGGAGAAUGGCAAAACAGUUGAUUUGUUAAAUGUGAAACUUGCUUAUGUGGAGUUGAGAGGAUCGAUGGAGGUGACGCAUGCAGUAGUGAAAGAGAUGGAGAAAAAAGAACCAUCUGAGAACAUGCUGAGGAAUGGAAAAGGAUGGAUUGAGGCUGAUGAUAUGAAGCAGUCACACUUAGAUGGGGAAGAAAAUCAUGGACAGGAUCUUUCUGAGAACCCUAAAACUGUGAACAAAUGGAGUGAAGAAGAACCAAGAACCAUCUCAAUCCCUGCUUUAGUACAAUCAAGUGGCUUACCAUUAGAAAAUUUGCUCAAAUACCAGAAGAACAUAACUUUCCCAGAAUCAAAAUCUGAAGGAAACAACAACCAAAGCACUGUGGCUAAAUCAAAAGUGGUAAAAGCCAAAUUACUAAAGGAAUCCAAGGAAAAUGUAUGGUCUGUCUUAAGGAAAACUGUAUUGAAAGAAUAUUCUUUCCUGUUGAUACCAGACUUCCUUUUGCUGUUGGUGUCCUUCCUGUUUCUUGCCUAUGGUUGCAGUGUGCCAUUUGUGUAUCUUGUGCCAUAUUCACUAAGCGCAGGUGUCAGCCCUCAACAGGCUGCAUUAGUCAUGUCCAUACUUGGAGUGUCGGGGAUCAUCGGUACGAUCACUUUCGGAUGGAUUGCAGAUCGAAAGUGUUUGAGGCCUUACAGAGUGGUGAGUUACAUGCUGGCUGUGGGGUCAGAAGGGCUGAGCUGUCUCUUUCUGCCUCUGCUGAGUGGAUUUUCUCUGCUUGUCCCCUUUUCCCUCAUCUACGGCUACUUUGACGGAGCUUACGUGGCUCUUAUUCCUGUGGUGACCUCUGACACUGUCAGCUCCGCCCAGCUGACCUCAGCUCUAGGAGUUGUUUACUUCCUCCAUGCCAUUCCCUACCUCAUCAGCCCACCUAUUGGAGGUUGGCUAGUGGAUCAGACAGGCUCCUACACAGCUACAUUCAUCCUCAGUGGAGUCUCUCUCAUCUGCAGUGCUGUGAUUCUGGCUGCUGUGAAGGUGAUCUUCCGCUGCACCAGAGGGAGCUCUUGCUUAAAAUGACUCUCAACCAGCUGCACAUGAGCUUUCUGAAGCAGUACUACAAUACAGCAAUAAUGCUGUCAGGAAACAUGAAUGUUCCUCUGUUGGGGUUACACAGGGUUAUAAUAGAUUUUAGACCUGAACUCGCAUUAGUCAAAAGGAUUGUCUCAAAAACAAGCUGUACAAUCCACAUUAUUUUGCAAUGCGGUAUUAAGCUCUUUCCUGCAAAUGUCUUAGACUUACAAUUUAUUUGCUGCUCUGGGGAAAACACUAGUAAUUAAAAAUGGCAGGAAACAGGCAAACUACGUGCUACAAACCAGUGUGUUUAUAAUUAUGACUAUACAUUAAAAUAAUAUAAUAAGAAAUGCCAAUAUAACAAGCUGUUUUGUAUGGCUAAAAAUGAAUGGAUGUGGUCUUGGCAUUUAAAUUACAAUGGCUGUGCCUUCUUUUGCCUGUUAAAAUAAGAUGGAUAACAUACAGUAACUGCACACAGAACUGGUCAGCUUUAAAGAGUGUUUAGCUUUACUGACAAAAUCCAUUCCAAUUGCUUUAAAAAUAGUGGUUUAAAUUGCUUGUGGGUAACUGUUUCAAAUAUUUGAAAGUGCUUGUUACAAAAGCAAUACUUAAUGUAUAUAUCUUGGCUGAGAUCUGAUUGGCCGGUAAGAUUAAAGGACAAGUAUGCAUUGCCCAAUUGUAUGACCAAAUGUACACUGCUGUUCAAAGGUUUGUGUUCUGUUAAAUGUGUUUUCAAAGCUCUUACGCACAUUAAGACUAAGUAUAGAAAAUGCUGCUAUACUGUGAAAUAUUAUUUUCAAAUAGCUAGUAAAUAUACUUUUGAUAAAUAUUAAUCUUUCUAUACCUAAAAUGAUUUAAUUCCUCAGAUGAGAAAUUUUGAGCAUCAUUAUUAUUUUAGUCUGCAGUUUCACGUUCAAUUAGAACAGCUGAUUGAAUGGGAGUUAUCACUGGUUAUUAGCUGAUAGAUAUGGGUCAGUAGGGGCCUUCUGUGCUUACUGGUAGACCCAGAAGGCUGUUAUUACCCAUCCACAUGCUUAAUCAGCUAUCGAUAACAUACGGCUGCAGCUUAAUUAGUUUUUUAUAAUUAAGUUUCUCAUUAAUUGUAUUUUUUAACAUCUACCCCCACCCCAACCUUAAACCAAACCGUCACAGUAAUGUAAAAACAGAUCUGAAUCUGGAGUCUUCUCUAUUAGUAUAGCUGAUUAAUCAUGUGGAUGGAUGAUAACAGCCUUAUGAACCUACUAGUAGGUGCCCCUACUGGCCCAUAUCUAUCAGUUAAUUACCAUUGAUUACACCCAUUCAAUCAAGUGAUAACAUUCAAAGCGGGUUAUUAGAAAUCAUUCUAAUAUGGUGACUUGGUGCUCAAACAACAUAUAAUAUUAACAAACUAUGCUCAAAACAGUGUUUGUUUAUUAUUAAUUGUCAGUUUUGAUCAAUUUAAUGCAUCCUUGCUGAACAAAAGAUUAAAUUUGUCAAAACCCUA